AUUUGAAUUGUUUGCUCAAAUCCAAUGCAGGAACAAUAAUACUUGAAAUUCCUUUAUAAUUAUAUUAUCAAAUUCAUAUACAGUUGGACUACUAUCCGUAACGUUACAAACAUUAAACGUUACAUAUAACUAAAUCAUCAAGAGCAGAAAUAAACGGUCACCCAAACUCUGUUUGGUCCGUAAGAGUGACCCUCACUUUAUCUCUCGUAUCUGCCUUACUCUCUUCUCUGUCUUCGGCCCCUGACAAUGCCCAUGCAGCUCGUUGCGGUGAAUUCCCAGGCAACUACAUUGAUAGACAAAUGCUGGAGUAACUCAGGCAGGCCAGACAGCAUCUCUGGGGGGGAAAAAUGAAUAGGUGACCCUUCUUCAGACGGCUUUGCACUCCACCACUGUUGCUACAUCUUUUAUCUCUUUGUCCCUGACUGAGAUGUAAUUGCCACAUGUUUGUGGGAACCCCCCCUUUUGUUUCCAUCUUCCCCGCCUGACAGUAUCUCUGACUCUCCCCGCCGCCCCCUUGAUGCUGCCUCAUUUGCUUCUCUUACUUUUCAUACAAAAAUUGCUGGACAAAUUGAUUAAUCCGAGUUGUUUUCUGGCGAAUCCAGAGAAAUCCGUGGUGAGAGCGUUAACCGUGCCCAGUCCUGGGAGGAGGGUGAGAUGUGAAGAGACGAUGGGCGAAGGCGUGCAGAGGUUCCGUGUCCCGGCGCCGGCGGAACCUUUCACCGUGACGCGCAUCUGAAACCGGCCGGCGCUCCGUCCGGUUAACGCUUCCCCCGACAACAGCCACCCCGGAACGCGGCGCGGGAUGACGGGUGACAGUCCGUAGCAUCAAUAAUUACGCUGGUUCCUUCUCACUGACCGCUGAAGGACUGAAUCCAGUUGUCCCCGUUGAACAUUGUACCUGUGUUUAAUUACCACAGGUAUCCUUUACGUAACUCACUGGAAUAAUGGAUAUUUGUUCUAUCUGUUACUUCUUCACAAAGCAAUAUAUGGUGUUCUAGGCAGUUGGAGACAUCUGUCGCUAGACGCCAUUGCAUCAGUUGAUUAAUAAGCCAUUGAGUCACCGAUCACACGUCGUACACGAUGGAAAUGGGCAUGCGGAUUGUACGUGGUGUGGAUUGGAUCUGGGGAAACCAGGACGAUGGAGAAGGACAUGUUGGUACCGUGGUAGAGAUUGGUCGCCAAGGCAGCACCACAACACCAGAUAAAACCGUGGUGGUGCAGUGGGAUUGUGGUACUAGAACAAACUAUCGCACUGGUUACCAAGGAGCUUAUGACCUGCUACUCUACGACAAUGCACAGAUUGGUGUACGUCACCCCAACAUAAUCUGCGACUUUUGCAAGAAGCAUGGGAUCAUGGGGAUGCGGUGGAAAUGUAAAGUGUGCUUUGACUAUGACUUGUGUACACAGUGCUACAUGAUCAACAAACAUGAUCUUACACACUCGUUUGAGCGCCACGAAACUGCACAUUCUCAACCUGUUGCUGUUGGUCCACGGCAGAACCUGCCCAGAAUUGUACUCAAGGGAAUCUUUCAGGGUGGUAAAGUUGUUCGAGGACCAGAUUGGGACUGGGGCAAUCAAGAUGGCGGGGAAGGCAAAAUUGGGAAGGUAAUGGAUAUCCGUGGCUGGGACACUGAGUCAGGACGAAGUGUUUCAAGCGUCGCCUGGUCAAACGGGACAACCAACGUCUACCGAAUGGGUCACAAAGGAAAGGUGGACUUAAAGUACGUCACAGAUGCUGCUGGAGGUUACUACUACAAAGACCAUUUGCCAAAGCUUGGUGAGCAUGCAGAGCUGCCCCGGCAGGAGAGUGCAGGCGGCCACACGUUCCAGCACCUGGACAAGGUGAAAUGCCUCCUGGAGGUGGACAUCCUGCGGCAGAUGCAGGAGGGACAUGGAGGGUGGAAUCCUAAAAUGGCUGAGUACAUUAGUCGAGCGGGCACUGUGCACAGAAUAACUGACCGAGGAGAUGUGAGGGUGCAGUACAGCAAUAAUAUUCGCUGGACCUUCCACCCUGGAGCCCUUACUAAGACACUGGGGCAGGUUGGGAAGGUGCUAAAGGUUUAUGCUGAUGGAGACUUGCGUGUGGGCGUUGGGGGCCAAACGUGGACCUUUAACCCUGCCUGCGUAACGGCAGCACAGCCCGGCGAACUGGACGCAAACCUCAUGACAACAGACAACACCAAUGAUUCAGCAAGCACAGUCACAUCUGUCCUAGAAAAACUUCUGUCACAAUCAACUGACCAGGAUAAUCCUGGGCGGAUUGUAAUCGAAGCAGCUCAUGGGAAUGCCACAAAGGUUCGGGACUUGGUGCAGAAGUAUCCAGAGAAGGUCGACAUUAAGAAUCAGGGCAAGACUGCCCUGCAAGUGGCUGCUCAUCAAGGACAUCUCGAGGUGGUGACUAUUCUCCUGCAGGCAAACGCAAAGCUUGAGAUUCACGAUGAGGAUGGUGACACAGCACUACAUUAUGCAUCAUUUGGAAACCAGCCUGAGGUGGCCAGACUACUGCUCAGCAAGGGCGCCAAUGUCAAUCUGCUGAAUGGUUCAACGUGUUCUGCGCUGCAUAUCGCAGUAAACAAGGGCUUCACGGAUGUGGUGCGUGCACUUUGCGAAUACAACUGCAAUGUUAAUCUGCAGGAUUCGUAUGGUGAUACUCCUUUGCACGAUGGAAUUGCUAAAGAUUACAGGGACAUCAUUACCAUCCUGACUGACGUGCCAAACAUUGACUUCACUCAGCAGAAUAACCGUGGCUUCAACUCGCUACACCAUGCAGCCUUAAAAGGCAAUAAAUUAGCCACUGAGAAGAUUCUGGCCAGAGCUCGUCAGCUGGUGGAUGUCAAGAAGGAGGAUGGCUUUGCAGCUCUCCACCUCGCUGCCCUCAACAACCACAGAGACGUAGCUGAAGUGCUGAUUAAAGAGGGUCGGUGUGAGAUUAAUGUGCGGAACAAUCGGAACCAGAAUCCCCUGCAGCUCUCGGUCACCCAGGGUCACACUGGCAUGGUCCAGCUUCUGGUGGCUGAAGGAUGCAACGUGAAUGCAGAGGACGAGGACGGCGACACCGCACUGCACGUGGCCCUGUGUCGGCAACAGCUGGCAACCCGCUCGGCAGUCAGGGAGGGAGAAGCUAGCUCCUUGUUUGCAAAUUUACAGACUUCAGGGUUACUGGGAUCUGGUGAGCUGAAUGUGGGUACUGCCAUCGCCUGCUUCCUGGCCCAGGAUGGAGCAGAUAUCAACUACGCAAACCACAAGGGCAAAACACCCCUCGAUCUGGUCUCAGAAGGCAGGACAGUACAGUUGGUCAAAAGUUUUGCAGAAAAAUUCAGGGGAUCUCAGCUGCAGCCAACUGGGCCAACAGUUCUGCGGCGAGUCCACACUACUCCAAAUACUAUGACAAAUCUUCUAUUGCCGCUUGCUGCGGGCCCUGCUGAAUGCUUGGUGUGUUCGGAGCUGGCCUUCCUAGUCCUCUUCUCACCUUGCCAGCAUACUGUAGUAUGCGAAGAGUGUUCUGUGAGAAUGAAGAAGUGCAUCAAAUGCCAAGUGACCAUAUCAAAGAAAAUGAGACAUGAUAACACGGAAGUUGAAAGCAGCUCGAGCGGUGAACCCCCGGACCAGAGGAAGCUGCUGGAGCAACUACAGUCUCGAUACCGACAGAUGGAGGAGAGGAUCACCUGCCCAAUCUGUAUUGACUGUCAGAUCAAACUGGUGUUCCAGUGUGGCCAUGGAUCGUGCCUGGAGUGCAGCAUUACUCUGAAAGCAUGUCCAAUCUGUCGCCAGAACAUUCGAGAGCGGAUACAGAUUUUUGUUUGAUGCAUGACAAGUCUUCUUAUCUCUGAUUCUCUUCUUUCUGAACAUCCUUUGUCCUGGACAUUCUGUGUGAUAUGCGUGUUUGUCUUUAUAGCCGACUUCACUUUUAAUCCUUCUCAACGUCAUUAGAACACACCUGUUUGACGUUUGUACUUGCUGUUUCCUCAGCCUUUCUGAUAGCGCGAUGCCCUCUGUGUUCAACCAGUGGAUGAGAUGUUACCAAGGAACACAGUUGUAGAGCACAGCUGUACAUAACAUGAAGCAAGUUUAUUAUUCUGCUGCGUGGCGCCUCUCGAAAUAUUUGCAAAUGCUUGAAAAGUGCACAGAGAUGCGGCAUAAAAACCUUCCUGAUAUGUAUAUUAAAACAAUGUAAUAUAAUCCAUAAUCUAACAACUGUGGUUUAUGGUCAAUGUAUAUAUUUAAAAGUUCUAGGAAUAUAAAAUGCACUUCAGCAGUUGUGCAGAUGUGGCAGCGAGCAGCGUUGGCCCUUCUCAUUCACAGCUCUGCUCAGCAACAAACCACAAUCUCCACCAGGUAGUCAUGACUCAAAAUAACAAAACUGUUAAUUAUCUGCAAACUUUAUUUAAAGACUAUCCUCCUCCUGUAUUUGUAACACCUCGUCUAUCAUUUUAAUGUGAAUUGAACAGUUUUACUUUGAAUAUUGUCUGGAAGACGUGGUAAAAUGUCGAGAAGAAUUGUGGUUGAUGAAAAGAAAGAGGGUGACCUGUUAAUUCAAUAUUUAAUUACAGAGCUUUUGAUGUAAGUGUUACCCUUUUGGUCACGAAUGUAAGUUAUUCUGAUAAAAUCAUAAUCAAGCAAUUUGAUUUGAUCCUCUAGAUCAACUUGGGUAAGGAUACUGGUAUGAAAAUUUACAUGGAAGAUAACAAGAAUUAGUGCUUGUUUUAAUCCUAAUAUUAAUCCUAUUUUUAUUUGUACUUUCUAUUGUAGGAUGUUUUUAUAUUUAAAUAUUCCAUGGAAAUAAAAGCUAUGAAAUAAUUUGGAAAGCCACAGUUGUCUCAGGUGUUCUCGGCCGUGGCCUUUGAGUUGGACAAAUUGUAUUCAGGGCGCAAACAUGUUAAGUCUGGUUCAGGAUUGAGUUUCUGCCUCUUGAUGGCCACAGAUCUUUGCUUUACAAGAGUGCUGGUGGUCCUGAGUGAAAACGAAGAAAGCCGGAAAAUCUCAGCAAGGCAGGCAGCAUUUUGGAUAGAGGACUGGCUAACGUUUCAGGUCGAAAAGCCUUGGUCCGAACCGAGAAAGAGAGAGCAGGUUAGUUGCGCAGGUUGGGGAGGGCGACGGAUGCAACAAAGGGAAUGGAGACACAAGAGGCUGCAGAUGCCAGAAUCCAGAGGAAAACUCAAAGUGCUAGAGGAACUCAGCGGGUCAGGCGGCAUCUGUGGAGGGAAUGGACAGACAACAUUGCAGGUGGGGACAACAGUCUGAAGACGGGUUCUGACCCGAAGUGUUAUCUAUCCAUUCCCUCCACCGUUGUUGCCUGACCUGUUGAGUUCCUCCAACACUUUGUUAUUUGAAACAUAGGGAAUGUCUGUCAGAGGUGAAAUGAUGCAGCCAUUAAAUAGGCACUGAAGCUUUGCCUGGGUGAUGUGUUGCUAUUGUCGUAAAGUCUGGGUGAUGUUGUUCCAUUUGUCCUCCUGGAGCGUGCCUUGAUUGUACAAAAGGGGAAGGAAAUAAAUGGCAGGCAUAUAUAGUCAGUCACGAUACCAACAGAAAGAAGAUGCAAAUUACACAUUAAACAAACCAAGGAGUUCACUGGUACACAAAAAUGCUGGAGAAACUCAGCGGGUGCAGCAGCAUCUAUGGAGCGAAGGAAAUAGGCGACGUUUCGGGCCGAAAUCCUUCUUCAGUGAACCAAGGAGUUCACUGUCCAGGUAAAGACUACACUAUUGGCCAACGAGAGUUGUUUUUUUAAAUGUGCUAUAUAAAUAAAUGUGACUUGACGACUUGACUAUUUCACCCCAUCAUACGCACUCCCUUUGUUCCACCAAUCCCACCCCACCACUUCCCUGAUGCCAGGAUUACCUUUCCCUCUCUCUUUUUCAGUUCUGACAAGGCGUCUCCAACCUGCAAUGUUGACUGCUUCUCUUCUCAGAUGCUGCCCGACCUGCUGAGUUUGUCCUGCAUUUUCUCUUCUCAUUUUGAUUUCCAGUAUCUGCAGUUUAUUGAUGGGCCAAACCUUAACACUCUGCAGUAUGGACAUGUGUCUCUUUGUGGCUGAUUGGAUCAUAAAUGGCCUGUUGCAUGUGUUAGACUUUGAUUAAUCAGGUGUCUGAUUCUAUGUGGACCUGGUGUUCUCCAACUCUGACAGAAAGAUUGGGUGGAAAUUACAAAGAGCAGAUAACUCAAGAGUUGGAGAGGAAAAUCCAAUUAGUGUUUAGAUGUGCUCUAGGGAGCAUAGGUUCAUAAUUCUUUCAUGUAUUGGUGACAAGUUUAAGAAAGAUUUAUUCGUUCUUUUCUCAUUAAAUUGAAAUUCUUUCUCAAUGGAUUCCUGGCUUGUUAAAUCAUGACCAUUUUCCAACUGACUCAGAAUUAAACCACCAAUUUAUUUACAACAAGAACGGGAAGAAAUAUUAAAUUGCAUGUCAGGUAUUCCUUAACUCACGAAGGAGAUUGUAAUGGUGACCUCAGGGGGUGGAAGAUCUUGCUAGUAUUUGGAAAGGAUUUGGGUUGACAUGUUAGCUUAGGUGGACAAAAGUGCUGGAGAAACUCAGCGGGUGCAGCAGCAUCUAUGGAGCGAAGGAAAUAGGCAACGUUUGGACAUGUUAGCUUGCUGAUCUGACCCGCCAACUGGAAUCAAGAAUGCCCCUGAAGAAUUUAAUGUCUCAGACAGCCUUUAUCAGGCCGACGUAACAAGUUUGAAAAUGCAACUUGGAAGAGCUAAGCAGAUCUGGUAUCAUGUGAUGGGGCAGAGAGAGCAUUUCACAAUUUGUGUUGGUGCGUGGUCGUUUUUUUUCCUGCAACUUGACAUAUUAUAAGUAUGUUUAGUUCAUAGAAAUAUUGCAUAAUUCAGCAGCUUUUUGUUAAGUUGAUUCUUCCUGGUAUAGUGAAUCAGAUUACAUGUGCCAAACAAAUUGUAUCACUGUGGAAAGUGUGUGUGUGUUCAGGAAUUGCUGUUUAAAUAAAAUUGCAGUUCCCAAA